AGGCGCGGGGUGAAGACGCCCUGCGUUCCCCUGGCUUGGUUGGGCAGGGCUUCCAGGGAACCGAUGAAAGCCGGGGGAACUGGUCUCAAAGUGUCUCUUCCAGCCUUUCUCGGGAGGAAACUGUGGACACUAUCCAAGUUCGGGAAGGUAGCAGUGGGGGACCUUUCCCUCCAGAGUCUUGGGUCACCCGGACCCAACCAACCCAGACUUCCUUGAGUCUUACCCGAGACUCUCUAGGAGUGGAAGUUGCUAUGGCAGCGAGGCUCCAGGAAUACUGAAGAAAGCCAAGGCCUAGAGAGAGAGGCGACACCUUCCUGUACCCCUCCUUCCUACACACGGGGAAAGUGGCGCCUCCUACGCACAGGAACCGCCCCUGGGCCCCCGCCUCCGUGCGGAGACCACCGUGGACCUCCGGGGGCGGGAGGCCGCUCUGGCCCCAAGCGGAGCCUCACGCUGGUAGACGGGCUCGAGGAAGCCCCUCUGGGCUCAGCACUACUGAGCAGCUCUAUGCUCUAGCCGGAAGUGCUCCUCUCCGCCUGCCUCCCAUUCGGCUCUCUGGUCCCGGCGGUAAGAUGGCGGCUGCCGCUGAGUGCGAUGUAGUAAUGGCGGCGACCGAGCCAGAGCUGCCCGGCGACGAGGAAGCAAAGAGGGAAGCAGAGUCUUUCAAGGAACAAGGAAAUGCAUACUAUGCCAAGAAAGAUUACAAUGAAGCUUAUAACUAUUAUACAAAAGCCAUAGAUAUGUGUCCUAAAAAUGCUAGCUAUUAUGGUAAUCGAGCUGCCACACUGAUGAUGCUUGGAAGGUUCCGGGAAGCUCUUGGAGAUGCACAGCAGUCAGUGAGGUUGGAUGACACUUUUGUUCGGGGACAUCUACGAGAAGGCAAGUGCCACCUCUCUCUAGGGAAUGCCAUGGCAGCAUGUCGCAGUUUCCAGAGAGCCCUAGAACUGGAUCACAAAAAUGCUCAGGCACAACAGGAGUUCAAGAAUGCUAAUGCAGUAAUGGAGUAUGAGAAAAUAGCAGAAAUGGAUUUUGAGAAGCGGGAUUUUCGGAAGGUUGUUUUCUGCAUGGAUCGUGCCCUAGAAUUUGCCCCUGCCUGCCAUCGCUUCAAAAUCCUCAAAGCAGAGUGUUUAGCAAUGUUGGGUCGUUAUCCAGAAGCACAAUCUGUGGCCAGUGAUAUAUUACGAAUGGAUUCCACCAAUGCAGAUGCUCUGUAUGUACGAGGUCUUUGCCUUUAUUAUGAAGAUUGUAUUGAGAAGGCGGUUCAGUUUUUUGUACAGGCUCUCAGGAUGGCUCCCGAUCAUGAGAAGGCCUGCAUUGCUUGCAGAAAUGCCAAAGCACUUAAAGCAAAGAAAGAAGAUGGGAAUAAAGCAUUUAAGGAAGGAAAUUACAAGCUAGCAUAUGAACUGUACACAGAAGCCCUGGGGAUAGACCCCAAUAAUAUAAAAACAAAUGCUAAGCUCUACUGUAAUCGGGGUACGGUUAACGCCAAGCUUAGGAAACUAGAUGAUGCAAUAGAAGACUGCACAAAUGCAGUGAAGCUCGAUGACACUUAUAUAAAAGCCUACUUGAGAAGAGCCCAGUGUUACAUGGACACAGAACAGUAUGACGAAGCAGUGCGGGACUAUGAGAAAGUGUAUCAGACGGAGAAAACAAAAGAACACAAACAGCUUCUGAAAAAUGCACAGCUGGAGCUGAAGAAGAGUAAGAGGAAAGAUUACUACAAGAUUCUGGGAGUGGACAAGAACGCCUCUGAGGAUGAGAUCAAGAAAGCUUACCGGAAACGGGCCUUGAUGCACCAUCCAGAUCGGCACAGUGGAGCCAGUGCCGAGGUUCAGAAGGAAGAGGAGAAAAAGUUCAAGGAAGUCGGAGAGGCCUUUACCAUCCUCUCUGAUCCCAAGAAAAAGACUCGCUAUGACAGUGGACAGGACCUGGAUGAGGAGGGCAUGAAUAUGGGUGAUUUUGAUGCAAACAAUAUCUUCAAGGCAUUUUUUGGCAGUCCUGGGAGCUUCAGCUUUGAAGCAUCUGGUCCGGGAAAUUUCUUUUUUCAGUUUGGCUAAUGAACGGCAACCACCCAGAACACAGAAAUGCACUCACUCAGUUGAACCUUGAAUGUGGACACAGUUCACCUCCUCCCUUCAUCAUGUCUUCGUGUACUUGGAGCAGUUUCAUUUUCUCAGUUGGAUACCCCAUGUCUGUGUGAGUGGGGUGAAGGAGAGGGAGCCAGUGCCGAAGACUGUGGGAAGGGAUGGGAGGUUGGGGGGUGAACAGGGAGGCAGCCUGUGAAUUUUUGUUUUACUGUUUAACUUUAUUAAAAAAGAAAAAAAAGAAGAGAAUAAAAUGUUUUGACCCUUUCUGGCCCUCUGCUCUGG